AUGUUUGGCAGUCAUUCAAAGUUGAGCAUCGCGCAAAUUAUAUUCUAUGUACCAGUGACGGCUUUUGCGCUAUAUCUUGCAUGCUAUCGUCAUAAGCGGCCGCGCAUGGCAUGGAUUGUUCUAACGUUUUUCUCUCUCGGUAUGUACCUCCGAGCUCGGCAUGCAAGUGUGAUAAAGUUGUCUAACAAACUGUCUCCAGUGCGUAUCACUGCGGGUAUCCUAGUGAUUAUUGCAGAGAAGUCGAGCAAUGAGGGUGUGAUGAUCGCUUCGGUUAUUUUCCUCAAUGCCGGCAUGAUUCCCUUGAUCGCAGCAACAUUGGGCUGUCUUCGAAUCAUAAUGGCUCUCGAGCAGAACAUGAAUCGCCAUAUUCGACAGUGUCUGGUCUUGUCUCGUGUUCUGUUCAUUGUGGGUAUUGGACUUACUGUUGCGGGUGGGGCUCUGGAAGGGAGUGACACCGUCAGUGAUGCACUCACUGGUCUGAAACUUGUCAAGACCGGAUACAUCAUCGUGGUGGUUUUCGUUGGAUGUUUACUUGCUGUGCAAGUUUAUUUCUGGACCCAACGAUCCUAUCUCUCAACAACAAGCAAGACGGUUCAUAAUGCCACAGCCUUGGCUACACCUUUCAUCAUUGUUCGCAUCUCCUAUCUCUUUCUCUCGGUAUAUCAGCCGUCGGACUUGAGAUGGAAUGAUCUCAGCGGUCCUAUCGCCCCUUUUGUCACAAUGGGACUGCUCAUGGAAUAUGCCGUUGUCUGUAUUUACCUGACUACAGGGUUUCUCAUUCCCAAUUGGAGGAAUAUUGAGAAGCCGGUUAUUCUUCUGAGUGGAGAGACAAGAUGA